CCUAGCACUGCUGGGCACUUAGCUCUCUCCCCCUGCUUAAGCUGAGAUCAGUUCCUUUCACAUGACCAGGGAUGAUCAGGCUGCGUCUGCGAUCUGCCUGAGCCGAGAACAGAAAAUUAGGUGUUCCUAGUGCCAGUGACAAAGAAUCUGUAAGAGCAUCCAAACGUGGCUUUGGGGAGAGCCGUGAAAUCAUGCGGCGGCGGCGGCGGCGGCGGCGCGGCCCGCCGGGACGCCUGGACCAUGUUGGCGUGUCUGCAGCGGACCCAGAACCCCCCGGCCCAGCACCUCGCCUGUCCCAGCAAGAGCCUGGAGCCGCGGAAGUGCGAGACAGCGGCAUCCAUGCAUUCCCCGCGCUACCCCAGCCCCGCCGAGCUGGACGCCUAUGCACAGAAAGUGGCUCACAGCCCGCUGACCAUCAAGAUCUUCCCCACCAACAUCAGGGUCCCCCAGCACAAGCACCUUAACCGGACGGUCAAUGGGUACGACACGACGGGGCAGCGCUACAGCCCCUACCCCGUGCACGCCAGCGGCUACCAGGGGCUGCUGGCCAUCGUCAAAGCCUCCAGCAAGAGCGUCGUGAAGAACUCGGAGGGGAAGCGGACUAAGCUGUCGCCCGCCCAGGUCGGCGUCGCUCCCUACCCAGCGUCAAGCACUUUAGCUCCGGGCCCCUCUUGCGCGGGGCCGCUGACCUACCACGGCAGCCAGAAGGCCGUGGAGGGCCCCACGGCCCCCAACGUGACGGUGGCCGCGUCGGUGAUCCCGCUCGGCGGCCGGAGCCUGGCCCUGCCGCCGUCCAACCUGCCCUCCAUCCAGAGCAUCAUCUACCAGCUCAAUCAGCAGUGCCCGGCGCCGGGCUCGCAGCCGGGCUGCCCGGCGCCGGCGGCGGCAGCCAACCCCAGCCCGGCCAAGCACGGCGCCUUCGCCAGCGUGGCCUACGCUGGCGCCGGGCUGCCGGACUGCCGCAAGGGAGCCGAGCUGGCGCUCGGUGCCAACCCGGCCGCGGCGCUGGGGCCCAAGGCCGGCGGCUACGCCGACGGCGUGGAUUACCUGCUCUGGCAGCAGAAGCAGCAGCAGCACCUCCGGCUGUACAGCGGGGGCGGCGGGGCUGUCAGCAAGUCGCCGGAGACGUGCGCGGGCGCCUCGCGCCCCUACGGCCCCGGCGGCGCGGCCGAGAAGGUGAGCUCGUCGCCCUUGAACUGCAUGCACGGCAACUUCGCCGUGGGGCAGUGCUUCGCGCCGCCGUGGAACAGCAUCCUGGUGACGCCCACCAGCGACUGCUACAACCCGCCGGAGCCGGGCGCCGGGCCGCGGGAGCUCGGCGGGCACGGCGCCGACGGGCUGCCCAGCAAGACGCUCUGCAACACCUCCAUCCUCAGCAGCAGCCUCCAGUCGCUGGAGUAUCUCAUCAACGACAUCCACCCGCCCUGCAUCAAGGAGCAGAUGCUGGGCAAGGGCUACGAGACCGUGUCUGUGCCAAGGCUCCUGGAUCACCAGCACGCCCACAUCCGCCUGCCCGUCUACAGAUAA